GAAUCGAUUGCCUGCCUCUCUUUUCUCUGCAGCCAAUCGGGGUAUGAAGGUUUCCCCCUCUCCCGUUUCCAUUUGACGUUAGCUACACUGGGAUAUUUCAGUCAAAAAGUAUCGUGUGGUCAUUGGUGUUUUAGAUUGGCAGUCAACUUCUGUCUGUUUUGCGAUUGGCAGGCGACAUAAUUUGGCUACCUCAGCUGGCUCGACUCAGAAGCGCCUUGGUUGACAUUGUUGUUGUUGUAAGUAAGAAACUACUUUGUCGUUGAGUCCUGUUUUGGAUUUACAGUAGACUGCAACCUCUGGAUUGGCUCAAAGUCAGGAAAAACUGGUCUAAUAAAGGUGGAGGUUUUCACAGUAUUUGUCAAGAGGGAGGACCAUUAUGGGACGAUGAAAGAAAUGUCUGCGAGGCCGCUCAAGGUUUGGCUGGACGUGUAAGGCAAGUUGAAGAGUCCCCCUUCCCCUUGGUCCAGUGUUGUAGGGGAGGGCAGAUCCCCUGUUUUUUUUCCUACCCUGAUGCCGCCCUGUAAAUUCAUGAUCACAUGACCUUGGAUAUGGACGCAGUCCUGUCCGACUUUGUCCGUUCCACUGGAGCUGAGCCAGGACUAGCCAGAGACCUGCUAGAGGGGAAGAACUGGGAUCUCACCGCUGCCCUCAGUGACUUUGAACAGCUGCGACAAGUGCAUGCUGGGAACCUGUCAUACUCUUUUGCUGAGGAGAGGACGUACCCAGGCCCGGAGAAGGAGAUGGCCAGAGUGGGGCGGCCCCUUCUUCACCGUCAAGAGGAGGUGCCGCAAGGUGAGAACAGUGCCACAGAGAAGCGUCUAUCGAGAGGCAUCUCCCAUGCCAGCUCUACCAUUGUGUCCCUGGCACGGUCACACGUCUCCAGUACGGGCAACUGUAGUAGUGAGCCCCUUCUGGACACGCCUCUGUGCACAUUCCAGCUGCCUGACCUCACCGUGUACCGGGAUGACUUUCGUGGCUUCAUCGAGAGGGACCUCAUCGAGCAAUCUAUGAUGGUGGCCCUAGAGCACGCCGGCCGACUCAAUUGGUGGACACGGGUGGGACCUAACUGUCAGAGUCUAUUGCCAUUGGCGACGAGUGGGGACGGAAACUGCCUGUUACAUGCAGCGUCAUUGGGUAUGUGGGGCUUUCAUGACCGCGACCUGAUGCUGCGGAAGUCUCUGUAUGCACUGAUGGACCACGGCCAGGAGAGGGAGUCGCUGAGACGCAGGUGGAGGUGGCAGCAGACCCUGCAGAACAAAGAGUCUGGUCUGGUGUACACAGAGGAGGAGUGGCAGAAGGAGUGGAAUGAGCUGCUUAAACUGGCCUCCAGUGAACCUAGGAUACACUAUAGCACCAAUGGCAGCAAUGGGACGGAGUCAUCAGAGGAGCCUGUGUACGAGAGUCUGGAGGAGUUCCAUGUGUUCGUCCUGGCCCAUGUCUUGAGGAGGCCCAUAGUAGUGGUGGCAGACACCAUGCUCAGGGACUCUGGAGGAGAGGCUUUUGCCCCCAUCCCAUUUGGAGGGAUCUAUCUGCCCCUGGAGGUGCCAGCUGCCAAGUGCCACCGCUCGCCUUUAGUGCUGGCGUACGACCAGGCCCACUUCUCUGCCCUCGUCUCCAUGGAGCAGAAGGACGGCUCGAAAGAGCAAGUUGUGAUCCCUCUCACUGACUCAGAACACAAGAUGCUGCCUGUACACUUUGCAGUGGACCCUGGGAAGGACUGGGAAUGGGGCAAGGAUGACACGGACAAUGUCAUGUUGGCAAGUGUGACCCUGUCCCUGGAGGCAAAGCUCCAGCUGCUACACAGCUACAUGACUGUCACCUGGCUGCCCCUGCCCUGUGAGCAGGCACCUUUGGCUCAGCCCGAGUCCCCCACCGCCUCUGCAGGAGAGGACGCCCGCACCCCUCCCGACUCAGGAGAAUCCGACAAGGAGUCAGUCAGCAGCAGCUCCAACGGUGAUGCAAUGAUGACAGCAGGGGCUGCCAGCGUAGGUGGAGGUGUGUCGACUAAGAACAGCUCCUCCUCCUCCAGCUCGUCCAGUAACAGCUCGGCAACAUUGACGACGGGUACGGGGGGAAAGGAAAAGCCCAAGAAGGAGAAAGACAAAGACAAGAAAAGGGCUGACUCUGUGGCCAACAAGCUGGGCAGCUUCGGCAAGAGCCUGGGCAGCAAGCUUAAAAAGAACGUGGGCGGGCUGAUGACGGGGAAGAAUGCAGGAGGCAGCGGGGCCAAGCAGGAGGGCACAGAGAAGAAGAAAAGUUCGCUGAGGGGGCGGAAGGGCAGCAAGGACAGCUCGCCUUCGGCCCACGCCUCUGAGGACUCUGGGAAGGGCUCGCCGUCGUCGGGCAGUGAGCGUCAGAAUGGCACGGGCAGUGGCAGCAGCGAGAGUGACCCGUAUAAGUACAGUGCCGACGUGAAGGCGAGCCUGAGCAUCCUGCGGGCGGCCAUGCAGGGCGAGAGGAAGUUCAUCUUCGCUGGCCUGCUCAUCACCAGCAACCGCCAGCCCUUCCAGGAGGAGAUGAUCCAGCGCUACCUGUCUGACGCUGAGGAGCGCUUCCGGGUAGAGCAGGAGCAGCAGCGGAGAGAGGCAGAGCGGAAAGGAAGCACCAACGGCAUCCAGCAGCCCAAGAAGGAGGCAACGGCAGGCACAGAGGUGGGCUACCGCACCUAUGAACCGAAAGAGGAGUCGACUGAGAGCUCACCGCCCAACUUCAGCCACCUCAAGUCGUCCUCAUUCAACCCCUCACUCUACUCCGGCGUGGUGCCCAUCCCCCGGCCAACCUUCAUGGACCAGCCGCCCUCCCCGGCCCUGCUCACUCAGCACCCACACAUGCACGGCUACAUGGAGACGCGGCGCCAGCUUGCAGGUGGCUCCCCAGCCUCGUCUUAUCCCGGGCUGCCUUCCUAUGCCACCCUCCCCCGCCACUGCCCCAUGGCGCAGGGCCCCCCUCACCCCCAGUACCACCCCCCGCAGGCACCGGUACCCCUCAGCCCCUUUCGCCUCAUCCCCUCUUUCGCACCCUCAUACCUCCCCGAGCACGACACUCCAGACUACCCCACCUCAGAGCCUGUAGGCGGGGGCUACACUAACGGAUUCCGGGACUUGCGCGCUGCCCUGGAUGUUCCUCGCAGCGGGCCUCUCCCGGUCAGACACUACUCCCUGGGCAGCGCCGGAGGCCUGUCCAGCCGCUGCCGGACGCCCAGCUGCAACUACUACGGUCACCCCGAGACGGGCAACUACUGCUCCUGCUGCUACCGAGAGGAGCUGAAGAGGAGGGAGACGGAGCCAGCCAUCCACAGGUUCUGAACAGACGGACUGACCAGAACUGGCUUUGUGGCCACCAACCACAAGGAAACUGAUGGAUGAGGUUUCUUGCUAUAGGACGAUACAGAGCCUGGCCCUCUUAUCGCAUCACUUCCUUUUCUAAAGGCAACACUGUGUGUGGAGAGCGUCCUGGACAGGAUCAGUGCAGUGACUUCAGAGACUGGAGAGAAGGGGGCUGCGGCGAGCGUUAGACAAUAGGACUGUGCACAUCUCUUACAUUUGUUGUGGCUCUUAUGCAGGCUGUGUGUGUGUGUGUGAGAACUGCAAGCUCUCCUCCACUUUGUCCCCUUGUUGCCUUGCAGCUGUCUCCUCCUGGUGGAGAGAAUGUAUACGGCAGGCGAUACACGCACACUGACAUUCACAUUACACACACAAACUAACACUGCACAAGCACAACCAGAAACUUCUUGAUUAUCACUCUUCUCCAUAUGUGGAGACGACCUAUAUUUGGCCCUGUAAAUUGGUGGUAUUUUAACAUACGAGUCAACCCUUCAAUGUCUUGUUAGUCUUUUCAACCAGAGGGUUAGAGAUGUAUGCAGACGGACUAGCCCAGGGCAUUACUGUUACCGGGUGCUCAUGUAUGACUUGGGAAUGAACAGUGCUCUUUCCUGAUGAGUAGUUGGGUUUCUUUUGCGUUGGUCCUCGCUCUUGUAAUGCAAAUUGAAACUACAGUAUUAUGUUACAGUGGUUGCUGUUCUGGCUUCAACGGUGCUGCUAAUGUUCCAGAAUGCAACAGACCUCUAUUCAAGUUCAUCUCAAAUAUAACAAGCAAAACAGAUAGUCCUAUCCACCCUUAAGAUGCCUUUUAUGGCAAAGUAGCCAUCCAAUCUAAAAUCACCACUGUGUCCAGAUGUCAGUCAAGUCCAUUUUUAUACAUCUACCAUGUUUAGAUGUCUCCCAGUAUCAAUUAUAGAACAUACAUGGCGGAGUACUGUGGUAGAUAUUCCCAAAUGGCUAAUAUACAGUUUUUAAUAAGGUUGCUAGAUUCUUACUGUUCCUGGCUUGUUUUUGUCAUUUUAUAUCCAUCAUGAAAAUGAGGCAUUUCAAUAAUAUGCUGGUACAUUUAGGGUCAUCCAACACUACUAAACUGGCAUUCAAAACCAACUCCCCUCGCAUUUUCAGCUCAAGACCUCAAGGUAAUCAGUACAUGCUAAACUGAUGAACGUUCACAUUUUGGUUGAAAAAGACACUGUCCAUUGUAACAUUGUAACUCUGCUUCUCUUGUGGCUGAGAAAGGUAACAGGUAUUUUAUGGAAUCUUGUCCAUAGGGCUGUGUUACUUUAGUCUAAAUAUUAAUAACUUUUCGUGAAUACCUACUUAUGGCAAACCCCAAAUUCCUGACAUGGACACCCCAUUGAUACGAUUAAAAACAAGUUGGAUUAUUUAACCCAAAUCCCCUUCAAGUCCUAAUUGAGGGCAUUGUGUUGAUUCCAAACAAGUGACUGACCCCCGUCGCUUAACCUCUCUGCACAAAUUCAAGCACUUUCCUAAUGUCCGUAGACAUUUUGUUACCGUUUUGAAGGUAUCUGACUGUUAUGUUGUCCUUAGGUCAUGUCAGAACUGUAGACACUGCACCUCUACUUGCAGGAAGGCAGACGCAUGGGCUAGAACCCCUUCGCUAAGGAUUCAGUUACCAUGGGAACAGCUUUUUGGUGCCAGUGUUGUGGUUUAACUCUAUUUCCUAGUUGCCUUUUUUCAGUCUCUUGUCCUUGUGGCAUUACAAUCUUGUUUGUAUGUUUUACAAAAUGUGCAUCAGGUGUACAAUACUCGUUUUUGCUGCAGUUUCUCGUCUAGUGUUUUUGUACCCUACUCAGUGUAAAUCCCCUGUUUUUAAAUAUUUUCAUUUUGCACCCAGACAUGGAGUCAUUUUCGAAGAUCAUAACAAAGUGAUUUAGAGAUCAAAUGUAAAAUAUAUAUAUAUAUACAUAUACAUAUACAUAUACAUAUAUACAUAUGUAUAUAUACAGUGCCUUGCGAAAGUAUUCGGCCCCCUUGAUCUUUGCGAUCUUUUGCCACA